AUGGAAAAUCUGGACAGAGCUCAAGUACUACUCCAAUGUGACCUGUGUAAAAUAACAGCUUUACAGAGUCAUUGUGAAUUUUGUCAGGUUAAUCUGUGCAAGGCCUGUGUAGGGGAACAUCUAUCUGAUUCAUCAAAACGACACAACGUUGUAUCAUACAAGCACAGAUCUUCUGCUCCUUACUAUCCAAAAUGUCCUGACCACACCGAUACACAUUGUGAAUUUCAUUGUGCAAAAUGUGACCUCCCUGUCUGUUCUACCUGCAAAUCCUCUGAAAAACAUCAUGGGCAUGAAUUUACAGAUAUUUUGAAGAAAGUACGUUCAAAGAGAAAAGAAUUAGAAAAAGACUUGGAAGAACUAGAGAAAAUAAUUUAUCCUGCUUAUGAAGAAAUAAUAUUAGAUUUAAACAAUGAAAAAGCAAACUUUGAAAGCCAUUAUGAAAAUGUGACAACAGCUGUCACCAAACAAGAGAAAAACUUGCAAAGCGAAUUAAACGUAAUUGUUAAAAAAGAGACAUAUGAAAUAAAUAAAAUGAAAGAUAAACACUUGGUUGCUUUAAAUGAACAGGAAAAUGAAAUUAAACAGAUAACGUCUGAGGUAAAACAGAGUAUUUGUGACGUGAGGAAAAUACUUUACUCCACUGACGUAUCACGAAUCUCUGCUUAUAAAUCCAGGAAUAAGGAAUUUAGAUGUCUGCCUCCAAAACUCAAUGUCACCUUACCACGUUUCUCUCCUCAUCAAAUAAAUACAGGACAGCUCUAUCAAUCGCUAGGUUCUCUGUCUGCAAUAUCUAUUACAAAAGAAGCAGAUGGCUACAAAAUGAAGAUGACAAAAGAAGCAGAUGGCAACACAAAAAAACUCCCACCAGCCAAAAAGUUACUUGAUACACCCAUGUUAAUCACCAGCAUACAAACAAAGUAUAGAUUAAAAUUCCUACACAAAGUUACCUGUCGCAAUGAUGAUGAAAUCUGGACGCAUGGAGAAGACAAUAUUAUGAAACUCUACAACCUCCAGGGUGAAGAACUGAAGUCAAUCAAAACCCAGUCUGGAAAAAAUCCAUUUGACACAUCAGUGACAAGAAAUGGAGAUUUAGUUUAUGUUGAUAUUGUAACAGAAACUGUAAACAUAGUUAAGAAUGAAAAAAAUCAGAAAUCCAUAAGAAUUCAGGGAUGGAAACCUCGCAAUAUUUGUGGAACAACUACGGGUGACCUCUUGAUCACCAUGGACAGUUAUAAUGAAAAAAUGUCAAGGGUUGUCCGUUACUCUGGCUCUAGAGAGAAACAAACAAUUCAGUUUGAUAGUGAAGGUAAACCUCUGUAUUCAUCAGGUUAUAUUAAAUGUAUCAGUGAGAACAGGAACCUUGAUAUCUGUGUAGCUGAUUGUCAUGCCAAAGCAGUAGUCGUGGUUAAUCAGGCAGGGAAUUUCCGAUUUAGAUACACUGGUUCUCGCUCUUUCACUGCAGGACUAUUUGAUCCAGUUGGAAUCACAACUGACAGCCAAAGUCAAAUUCUGACGUCAGACCGUACAAACAACCGUAUUGUCAUCCUAGAUCAGCACGGAAAAUUCCUCUGUCUUAUUAACAAUUUCGAACUAUACUUUCCAUGGGGUUUAAGUGUGGAUACCAAAGAUAAUCUCUUUGUGGCUGAGUUUCACAGUGGUAAAGUGAAGAUAAUCAAAUACAUGUAA